GGCCAGUCUUCCCCAGCAAAAAGAGGAGGAUUGGCAGCAGUUAGCUCAGGGCUAAUCUUCCUCAAAAAAAAAAAAAGUUUUUGCUUCCACUGAUGACUUUAACAGACUCCCCACUCCCUGGGCUACUCUAGUUUGCUACUGACACAACACAACUAGAGUAAUCGUUGCAGGAUUAAAAAAUAAAAUCUGCUUUAGAAUUAUGGCCAUUUCAUGAAAGGUAGGGAAGAGUUUCAGAUUAUAAAUAUACAUUCUGGCCCAAUCUUUACCAGUGUAAAUAUAUAUUUCUGAUCCUGUUUUCCCCAACUUAAUAUUCUCUACAAGUAAGUAUUGGGCCAGAAAAUUAAGCCAGGUUUAUUGUUGAACUAUCUGCUGGAAAGUACUCAGAUGUCCAUUUAGAUAGACUUUUAAAAAUAAAGCUGAGCUAUGCAAACAUUUAACAGUUGAACCAUUGAUAUUUUGAAGUGCAGUCAACUUUGUUAAUGAAAUAAGCCUGAAGUGUCUUUCACCUCUUAAGUAUUUCUACUGUAUUGAGCUGAUGAAUUGCAUAUAUAAAAGUCAACUUUGUGAAGAGUUAUCUCGAAUGCAUUUUCAAUAUUAUCAAUACAGAUAUAUAGAUUAUAAAAAUGUAGAUUUCAGGGAAAGUGUUUCUCAUCUGUUACACUUAGGUAGAAAUAAACAUUUAAAACCAUCUUGUUAAUUUCUUUUAAAAGAAUACAUAAAGGUAUUUAAAACACUUUAACCAUGGGAAAUGCACAAUGAAUUCCGGGCUGUUCUUCAGAGUAGAUGCUUUCACGCCUGGGUUUUCUUUUUCUGGUGUUCUAGGAUAGCCAGUAGAGAAUAAGGGAGAAUGAAGAGGAAACCCUAAGGAUAACAUUAGUGGGAAUUUAUCUUGAUAUUACUCAUGAAGACACCUUGAGUCUUAUUGGUAUAAUUCAGCUAUAGCAAAGUUUAAAAAAUAAAAAUAUUUUGCACGUCUCUUGACUGCUGUCCCAGGAGUGUUAGAGGAAAUGACUAGUAAGGAGUAUGUGAAGCCAUUUUGAGGAAAAGGAUAUCUAGGAAGUUAUAUGGGAGUUUUGCUCAAAGAAUGUUCGAAUAACUGUCCCACUGGUGAGGAAGGAUGGAGGCCUUUCAGGAUCCUUACCAGCAACUCUUUUGUGAUGCUCUUUGGAAGGCUCCCACUUCUCCCAAAAUGGGAAGCAUCUUCAUGCAUGUUUUCUGAACAGUGACAAAACAGACCAAUUAAAUGUCAAAAUAAAAUCCUGUGAAAUUUUAGCAGUGGGGCUCAUGUGAUUCUAAUACUUUGAGAAUUUCACAAAAUAAACUGCUUCUUCAAAGUUAUCUUAGUGAAAUUUCUUUUGACACAACAGACUUAAAAUCAGACCAUCCUAACUCAAUGUCAAGUGUCAUACAGUUUUGUUCAUAAUCUCAAACAUCCUCAAUUUUUUUCAUUGAUAGCACAAAACUGAAUUUUUGCUUAGAAAUAUUUUAAACUGGAAUUUAUGUCCUAGCAUUGAUUGUGAUGAAAGCUUCCAGCUCUGGAACUGGGGCAACUGUACCGUGCGUGAAGACCUAUGUUACUGUAUGUGGACGCUCGGGAUGCUUUGCUCCUCUUGAAAGUGACGGUGUGUUUAGCUGAUUCUGCUGUUCACCUACUGUGACAUAACCAAAAGCAGGCACCAGGCUAUAAUUUUACUGCAGGAUAAAUAAAGAAGAAAACGAGGAAGGAGCAAAAAGCGUUGCUUGCAAAUGUCUUAAUAAUGAGCAAAUGUGGCAGGAAAAAGUAUUUUAAGACAAAUUUAAGACAAAUGACCAUGGAAACAGUUGAAUCUCAGCAGGAUGGAGGUGUAACAAAUUCUGUGGCAGAGAGCAAAUCUGCUCAUAUGCAGACCCAGACUGGUCAAAAUUCAGUCCCUACUUUAGCUCAGGUCUCUGUAGCUGGAUCAGGCACCGGAAGAGGCUCUCCAGCUGUAACUCUAGUACAAUUACCCUCAGGGCAAACUGUCCAUGUCCGGGGAGUAAUUCAGACCCCACAGCCAUCGGUUAUUCAGUCACCACAAAUACAGACUGUUCAGGUAGCAACGAUUGCAGAGACAGAUGAGUCUGCAGAAUCAGAAGAUGUAAUUGAUUCUCAUAAACGUAGAGAAAUCCUUUCACGAAGACCCUCUUAUAGAAAAAUACUGAAUGAACUUUCCUCUGAUGGGCCUGGUGUUCCCAAGAUUGAAGAAGAAAAAUCAGAGGAAGAAAGAACGCCACCUCACAUCGCUACCAUGGCAGUACCGACUAGCAUAUAUCAGACUAGCACGGGGCAAUACAUUGCUAUAGCCCAAGGUGGAACAAUCCAGAUUUCUAACCCAGGAUCUGAUGGUGUUCAGGGACUGCAGGCAUUAACAAUGACAAAUUCAGGAGCUCCUCCACCAGGUGCUACAAUUGUACAGUAUGCAGCACAAUCAGCUGAUGGCACACAGCAGUUCUUUGUCCCAGGCAGCCAGGUUGUUGUUCAAGAUGAGGAAACUGAACUUGCCCCAAGUCACAUGGCUGCUGCCACUGGUGACAUGCCAACUUACCAGAUCCGAGCUCCCACUACUGCUUUGCCACAGGGGGUAGUGAUGGCUGCCUCACCAGGAAGUUUGCACAGUCCCCAGCAACUGGCAGAAGAGGCAACACGCAAACGAGAGCUGAGGCUAAUGAAAAACAGCCCGCAGGUUCCCUCCGCCUUCCUCAUCUCAUCCAGGCCGCCGAGCAGGAGGAGGAGGCGGGAGCGCACCUGCCCCGAGCGGCCGCGGUCCUCGCUGUGGGUCAGAAGUCUGCCUUCCUGUAACCCGAUUCAUUAUUCUUAUGUUUCUGUAAGAACUAAAGAAGUAACAAGAGAGACUGUACUCCUUUUAAAAGAUUUCUUCACGUUAACUAGUUAUUUGAAAAGUUUAAUGGAUUUUCUUUUCUAACUGAAAGAAAAUUAGAUGGAAAUUUUUAAUUAUACUUUAAAAUAUACAUUUUUUAAAAUGUAAACUAUGUCAUAAAAAUAAAAGUUUAUAUAACGUAUUUACUAGAAUGUCUAACUAGUCCAAAACUAGUUUUAAAUGAUUUUAAUAUUUCAAUAGGAAUGAAUUUCUAGUUUGCUUAUUGAAAAUUAUUGAGGUAUGAGAUCUUUUCUGUUUAUUGUAUAUUCUAUGGGUAAAAUGUUUUUAUAGCUCAAUCAUUGUAAAACUGCCUAACAAUAUUUGAAGAUCUUUCCUUAUUCCUGA